AUUCUCACUUGGUCUCCAGCAGCGGGGGCAUCCUGCACCCUCAGCCUCCAUCUGCGAGAGGAGCAGCAGGUGUGGAGCCUCUGGCUUGGAGACUGAGCGGGGAGGCUGGGAGCCCAGGAGGCCAUUUGACCCCAUUCUCUCUCAUGACUUGGUAAAACUCAAGGUCACCGGGACAUCAGCACCUGUUUCUCGUGACAGCUUAGCACCCAGGUGUGUCCUGCAAGUUGUUGGUGCCUCCACAGCUUCUGACUGACCUAGUGAAGACCUCUAGGCCUUGGGAGCCCAAGGGCUCUUUUGGGCUGACACGUGUACUGGUCCUGAGAAGUCACUGGGCCUCUGCAUCAGAGAUUCAACUGUCAGGGAGACAACGCAAUGGCAGAAAAGGGUGUGUCCCGGGGGGCCGGGCGGCGGUUCUGGUCACUACCAAGGAAGCGUCGGGGAGCACCGGGGCGCCACAAGCCAGAUGAAAUCAUGCACCAGGACAUCGUCCCGCUCUGUGCUGCCGACAUCCAGGAGCAGCUGAAGAAGGGCUUUGCUUACCUGUCUGGUGGGCGGGGACAGGACGGAAGCCCAGUCAUCACCUUCCCUGACUACCCAGCCUUCAGCGAGAUCCCGGACAAGGAGUUCCAGAAUGUCAUGACCUAUCUCACCAGCAUCCCCAGUUUGCAAGAUGCUGGCAUUGGAUUCAUCUUGGUCAUAGACCGAAGGCAGGACAAAUGGACCUCUGUGAAGGCGUCAGUCCUGCGGAUAGCUGCAUCUUUCCCAGCCAACCUGCAGCUUGUCCUUGUUCUUCGGCCCACGGGCUUUUUCCAGAGGACUCUCUCGGACAUCGCCUUCAAGUUCAACAGAGAUGAGUUUAAGAUGAAAGUGCCGGUCAUGAUGCUAAGCUCGGUGCCAGAACUACACGGCUACAUUGAUAAGUCGCAGCUGACCGAGGACCUCGGGGGGACCCUGGACUACUGCCACUCUAGGUGGCUGUGCCACCGCACAGCAAUUGAAAGCUUCGCCCUGAUGGUGAAGCAGACAGCUCAGAUGCUGCAGGCCUUCGGGACCGAGCUGGCCGAGACAGAGCUGCCUAAUGACGUCCAGUCAACCAGCUUGGUCCUCAGUGCACACACAGAGAAGAAGGCUAAAGUGAAGGAGGAUCUGCAGCUGGCGCUGAAGGAGGGGAACAGCAUUCUUGAGAGCCUCGGGGAGCCCCUGGCUGAGAGCACUGCCCAUAGUGUGAACCAGGACCAGCUGGACAAUCAGGCCACGGUGCAGAGGCUCCUGGCCCAGCUGAAUGAGACUGAGGCUGCCUUUGACGAGUUCUGGGCAAAGCAUCAGCAGAAGCUGGAACAGUGCCUGCAACUGCGGCAUUUUGAGCAAGGUUUCCGGGAGGUCAAAACCACCUUGGAUUCCAUGUCCCAAAAGAUAGCUGCAUUCACGGAUGUUGGAAACAGCCUGGCCCACGUGCAGCACCUCCUGAAGGACUUGACCACCUUUGAGGAGAAGUCCAGUGUGGCUGUGGACAAGGCCCGAGCCCUGUCACUGGAAGGCCAGCAGCUGAUUGAGAACAGGCACUAUGCUGUAGACUCCAUCCACCCCAAGUGUGAGGAGCUCCAGCACCUCUGUGACCACUUCGCCUCGGAGGUCACCAGGAGGCGGGGUCUUCUCAGCAAGUCCUUGGAGCUGCAUAGCCUCCUGGAGACGUCCAUGAAGUGGAGCGACGAGGGGAUCUUUCUGCUGGCCUCACAGCCUGUGGACAAAUGCCAGUCCCAGGAUGGCGCAGAGGCGGCCCUCCAGGAGAUCGAGAAGUUUCUGGAGACUGGUGCAGAAAAUAAGAUUCAGGAGCUCAAUAAGAUUUACAAGGAGUACGAAUGCAUCCUCAACCAGGACCUUCUGGAACACGUGCAAAAAGUCUUUCAGAAGCAGGAGAGCACGGAGGAGAUGUUCCACCGCAGGCAGGCCAGCCUAAAGAAACUGGCAGCCAAGCAGACACGGCCUGUGCAGCCCGUGGCCCCCCGACCAGAGGCGCUCACCAAGUCCCCUUCCCCCUCGCCAGGCUCUUGGCGAAGCUCUGAGAACUCCAGCUCUGAGGGCGGCGCACUCCGCAGAGGGCCCUACAGGAGAGCCAAGAGUGAAAUGAGUGAGCCCCGGCAGGGCCGCACCAGCUCCACAGGAGAAGAGGAAGAGAGCCUAGCCAUCCUGCGCAGACACGUGAUGAAUGAGCUCCUGGACACGGAGCGCGCCUACGUGGAGGAGCUGCUCUGCGUCUUAGAGGGUUAUGCUGCAGAGAUGGAUAACCCCUUGAUGGCGCACCUCAUCUCAACAGGCCUGCAAAACAAGAAGAAUAUUCUGUUUGGAAACAUGGAGGAAAUCUAUCACUUCCACAACAGAAUAUUCCUGCGGGAGCUGGAGAGUUGCAUAGACUGUCCAGAGCUGGUGGGGCGAUGCUUUCUGGAAAGGAUGGAGGAGUUCCAGAUCUAUGAGAAGUACUGUCAGAACAAGCCACGCUCCGAGAGCCUGUGGAGACAGUGCUCCGACUGUCCCUUCUUCCAGGAGUGCCAGAAGAAGCUGGAUCACAAGCUGAGCCUCGACUCCUACCUGCUGAAACCUGUGCAGAGGAUAACCAAGUACCAGCUGCUCCUCAAGGAAAUGCUCAAGUACAGCAAGCACUGUGAAGGGGCAGAGGACCUGCAGGAGGCGCUGAGCUCCAUCCUGGGCAUCCUCAAGGCGGUGAACGACUCCAUGCACCUCAUUGCCAUCACUGGCUAUGAUGGAAACCUUGGUGACCUGGGGAAGCUGCUGAUGCAAGGUUCCUUCAGCGUGUGGACAGACCACAAGAAGGGCCACACCAAAGUGAAGGAGCUAGCCAGGUUCAAGCCCAUGCAGCGGCACCUGUUUCUGCACGAGAAGGCUGUCCUCUUCUGCAAGAAGAGGGAGGAGAAUGGGGAGGGAUACGAGAAGGCUCCUUCCUACAGCUACAAGCAGUCCUUGAAUAUGACUGCUGUCGGCAUCACAGAGAACGUGAAGGGUGACAGCAAGAAGUUUGAGAUCUGGUACAACGCAAGGGAGGAGGUUUACAUCAUUCAGGCGCCAACUCCUGAGAUCAAAGCAGCGUGGGUGAAUGAGAUCCGGAAGGUGCUGACCAGCCAGCUGCAGGCCUGCCGGGAAGCCAGCCAGCACCGAGCCCUGGAGCAGUCCCACAGCCUUCCUUUGCCCACGCCAUCCAGCACCAGUCCCACAAAGGGGAACACAAGAAAUGUCAAGAAGCUUGAAGACCGGAAGACAGACCCGCUCAGCCUGGAAGGCUACGUGAGCUCAUCAUUGCCAAAGCCCCCUGAGAAGGGUAAAGGCUGGAGCAAAACAUCCCACUCACUGGAGGCUCCUGAGGAGGAUGGAGGCUGGUCCAGCGCUGAGGAACUCAUCAAUUCAUCUGAUGCUGAGGAAGACGGGGGAGUGGGCCCUAAGAAGCUGGUUCCGGGUAAAUACACAGUGGUGAUGGAUGAUGAGAAGGGGGGCCCUGACACCCUUGCCAUGAGGAGUGGGGAUAUGGUGGAGGUAGUGGAAGAAGGCGCUGAGGGCCUCUGGUAUGUUCGGGACCUGACCAGCAGCAAGGAGGGAUGGGUGCCAGCCAGCAGCCUAUCCACCCUCCUGGGCAAAUCAAGCUCAGCCCAGUGUCUGAGCAGCUCAGGUAAGACCCACUGUGCGCGCCAGCUGUGCCCUGAGCCUGCCAAGAUCCUCAGCCCAGAGCCUGUUUAAAAGCAGAGGGGUUUCUAGGUGUGCAGAGGGAAGGGCCAGAGCCGAAGCCUGUCUCCGCUGGUUUCCCGCAGACUCCAGCCCAGGGUCAGCCGUGCUGAGCAACUCGUCCAGCUGCAGUGAGGGCUACCCUACUCCCUUCUCCGAGCUCCAGGGAUAGUGGCCAGGCCUCUGUGGCAGGCACUCAAGGCCACGUGCAGUAGACCAGCAUGCAAAUCUCUAAGUUUUUUUUUUUUUCCGCUUGGGCUUGCUUAGUUUGGGAGGGGAUGGUGCUCCAAGAUAUCUGGGAACAGGAGAAUCCUAUCAACCAUGGGCUUCAGAGGACACUGGGGCCUUGGAACCAGGACUCCGAUGCAUGUGCAGAAGCCAGGAGACAACAGUUCACCACCAAAGCUUCCUUGGAGACUCCAGAGUGGACAGAGGCGGGGCUGUGGGUCAGGAGACCCCUGUGCAGAAAGGUGGGAGAUAGCCCUUUCCCACACCUUGGCAGCCAACAGCCCCUGCCGUGCAGCCUUUCCAAGGUGUCCUGGCCUCUCUGGUGCUUUCUAUGGGAACAUCAUCCUGAGGAAGCAACUUCUAACAGGAGUGAACAGUUUGCUACCAACAGCCUAAGAAGGGGAUCAAGGGACUCUUGUCUUUUAUAAGUUUUUGAUUUUUUUUAAAAAAAAACAAACAAACAAACAGGGAUUAACCCCAUGGCCAUUUUUUGUGGUACUCUGGCCUCAAAUCUUUAACCAAGAAUCACUGUGUUUACAUGAAAUGACAAUUUGAUACUGUAUUUGAUAUAAAACUAUUUUUUGUUACUGGGGUUUACAUCAAAGCACGUUGUUUAUACAACUAACUGAUUUCUGGGGCACUCUCACUGAGACCUGACACUCCCUGGAAUGCAGGUGCAGGAAGGCCUGGUAAAACAGGGGCAUGUCCUCCUGGUAAACCAGGUUGCGUGUCCUUCACCAAAAGCAGUUGGAAAUCACUGAGAGUCUUGCAUCUGCAUAGGUUUCGUUUUCACAAGAAAUGUAAAGUAUAAUUUAAAAUAUUAGCCUUCUUUUCUACAAUAUAAAGGAGACUCUCUGUUUUUUUAAAAGAACAUCAUUAAAUUAGGAUAUUUUUAUUAUUUUUAAAGAAAAUGUAAAACUCCAUGCUGUCAGCCAUCCUCAGCAACUCAGGCACUGGCUGCCUCUCCGUGUCAGGGCAGGCCCCACUUCCCCUCCCCCAGCCCCACCCACCUCUGCCCUACAGCAGGAGGGGCUGCAGCUGAGCUUAUGGGGGGACGUGCAGCCUCCAUUCCAGUCACGGCAGAACUGCCACAGACUGUUGUUUUCCUCUUUUUUGUGUGUUUCAGAAACAAAUUCUGUUCUUUGGGAACUCUGUACCUCGUAGGGCAGAUAUUUUUAUAUGUGUGUAUAUAUGUUCAUGUGUGUACAUAUGAUCUUGGUGUAAAGGAUGUAUUUAUGGUCUCACGCUGCUGAACAUGUGUCACUUUACGGUCCCUCCCUGUCUCCUCACCCUGCUGCCAUGGGAGGCCACCGAGGCUCGGUCACCACUGUUUGUCCAGGAAAAACACCCUCCUCCCCUGCCCUAUGGCUUGCAAAGCCAUUACUGGCUACACAUUCAGAGAAUGGUAAUAAAAUAAAAAACGUGCGAAGACUCUGUA